AUGGCCAACAGUUGUUUAUUCUCUAUAAUUGUAUUUGUUCUUGUCUGUGGGUCAGUUGUUGGAACAAGAACAAAUGUGUUUUCAGCAGAAAGUCACGAUGACAAGACUGCAUUGGAAACAGCAGCCACUGAUGGUAUUUGCGCAUCAAUGGUUGAGACACAAAACUAUGCUUGUGAAGAACAUACGGUAACUACUGAAGAUGGUUAUAUUCUCAGCAUGCAGAGAAUUCCAUCAGGGCGGUCAGGUAGGACACCAGGAAACAAGCCACCGGUUCUGUUGCAGCACGGGCUCUUAAUGGAUGCAAUAACAUGGCUGCUUUUGCCGCCAGAACAAUCUUUGGCAUUCCUCUUAGCGGAUAAUGGAUAUGAUGUUUGGCUUGCCAAUACACGAGGAACCAAAUACAGCCUCGGCCACGUAUCACUCAGUCCUAAUGACUCGGCCUACUGGCUCUGGUCAUGGGAUGAAUUGGCAGCUUAUGAUCUUCCUGCUACAUUCCAACAUGUGCACGAUCAAACAGGGCAGAAACUACAUUAUGUUGGACAUUCACUGGGAACUUUGAUUGCUCUGGCAUCUUUUUCUAAAAAUCAGCUGGUGAACAUGUUAAGAUCAGCUGCCUUACUUAGUCCGAUUGCCUAUGUCGGCCAAUUGACCUCUCCUCUUGCUAGAUAUGCCGCUGAGGACUUCCUCGCUGAGACACUAUACUGGCUAGGCGUUGAUGAAUUUGAUCCAAGAGGGGAGGCUGUGGUCAAUCUUCUUAAGGAUAUCUGCAACAAACCAGGGGUCGACUGUACCAACUUAUUGAACUCUUUCACAGGCAAAAACUGUUGCCUAAAUUCUUCCAUAGUAGAUGUAUUUCUUGACCAUGAGCCUCAGGCAACUGCAACAAAGAACAUGAUCCAUAUAUCCCAGAUGAUCAGAGACAGAACCAUAACAAUGUACAAUUAUGAGGAUGAGGAAGAGAACAGGAAACACUAUGGGCAGCCAAAUCCGCCAGUGUACAACAUGACAAACAUUCCAAGUGAUCUUCCUCUCUUCCUGGGUUAUGGCGGGGCAGAUGCUCUUUCUGAUGUCAAUGAUGUGAAGCUCUUGCUGGAUAGCCUCAAAGAUCAUGAUGGAGAUAAACUUGUGAUUCAGUACAGAGAAGAUUAUGCUCACGCUGACUAUGUUAUGGGUGAUAAUGCUAAGCAACUAGUAUAUAAUCCUCUCAUGGCUUUCUUCAAGCUGCAAUGAAAAAUGUAAAUUCCAGGGAAAAAAAAUGGAGAAGUAUGAGAAUCGUUUUCUUUUUCCAUGUUGAAUACCUGUAAGUUGUCAAAAUUUCUUUCUACCACUUCCCUGAUUGUCAAA